AUGCAGGUCCGCCGCGCAACGAUGGAGGACAUGUACCAGAUGCAGCACUGCAACCUGCGGUGCCUGCCGGAGAACUACAACAUGCGGUACUACCUCUACCACAUCCUCUCCUGCCCGCAGCUGCUGUACGUGCAGGAGGACUACAACCGCAACGUGGUGGGCUACGUGCUUGCCAAGAUGGAGGAGGAGGAGAAGCCGGAGAGCAUCUACGGCCACAUCACGAGUAUCUCGGUGCUGCGAAGCCACCGCCGGCUUGGCGUGGCGUCGCGACUGAUGCGGGCCUCCAUGAAGGAGAUGCAAAAGCAGUACGACGCCAACUUCUGCUCCCUGCACGUGCGCAAGACCAACGACGCGGGGCUGCACUUGUACCAGGACACGCUGGGCUUCCGCUGCGCCAACGUCGAGAAGGGGUACUACGUCGACGAGGAGGACGCGUUCCACAUGAAGAAGUUCUUCAAGGGGCCAAACCCCGGCCUCUACGUCGCGGCAAACCGACAGCUCGUGCGCCAGCAGAACUCCGCCGCGCCCCGAGAAAACGGCGCGGCGGCGGAAGCACCGCAACCGACGCCGCCGCCGCCCUCCUCGGCAGGUGGGCACCGGGGGGAGAAGAAGCGGGCGGCGGAGAUCGAGAAGGAGCAGCUCGAGCUCGUGGCGGAGCUGUUGGCGGCCUCCAAUAAGGAGUCGGGGAAAGGCCGGCAGCAGAAGGGCGGCGGGAGCAAGCGCGGCAAGAAUAAAAAGUGA